AUGAAAAUCGUUGAUGUCGUGCUGCUUUCUACCCUGCUCUCAGUAGCAAGCGCAAGUCACCAGUGGUAUCACUACAACAACGACUUCUACGUAUACUAUGGGUGCUUGAGCGCUUUAGGAAAGAGCGCUACAUUCUGUAAGAAGGGAAACGUGGGUAAGUGUGUAUGCACAAAUGAAAACGCCUUGGGCUCCCUGCUAUAUUGCGGGUACACAAGCACCAAGGCGAACAACACAGGUAUCAACAAGGAGAUCUCCAAGGGGUGCGUCUACUACAACGUCACCGACCUCACCAACUCGUAUUACGCUGAAGUUUACGCAAAAACGUUGGACACCAUAGUCGACGUCAGUAACAGUACCAGCUUCAACAAAACAGAGGUUGUCGACUACCCGGUUACAAGUAAGAAGCUCAAAAAGCUCUCCCACGACUUUUACAUCUCCGUGAGAAACAGACGAGGCAACAUUAAAACUUCCCAUGCUCUUGGAAUUGCGUUUGUUGCAGCCUCUGUCUUUGUCAUGCUGGCUAGUGGUGUUGUCAACUGGUCCAUGAGGCUCUCAAAGGGUGUCUCAUCCUCUCUUGACAACGCCUUGACGAGAAAGACGAGGAAGUUUUUCAACCUAGCCAUCUUCCGCAACCAUCUCCACCCAACAGUCCUUGGUUUCAGCCCAGACGUGGUGGAGACGUUUUGGAUAUCCAUCAUGUUUUUGUAUUCCAUAUUGAGCUGCUGCAUCAUCGGAUAUAAGUGGUACGAAAAUGACCCCUCCUUUACCAGCUAUCAAACAGGUACUUCUAGAUACUGGGGGGAUAGGUCUUGUAUCUUGUUCUCUUAUCAAUUACCGCUCUUGUUUUUGUUCCCUGGAAGGAACAACUUUUUCCAGUGGGUCACUAGGUGGAAGUAUUCCAGAUUUGUCGUCUACCACAAGUGGCUCGGUAGAAUCGUUAUGAUGGAAGUCCUCAUUCAUUCCUUUGCAAUGGCUUCUCAAACCUACGGCUUACACAAAAACACUAGAUUCCACGCCGAUUGGUACAGAUACGGUAUCGUCUCCACUGUUUGUGGCUGUCUUGCAUCUACCGUGGCUAUCUACGCGAUUAGGAAGCACUGGUACGAGAUUUUUCUUGGUGCCCACGUUACUCUUGUCGUCAUGUUUCUUUGGACUGGGUGGAAACACACCAGGAGUCAGCUUUACGAGCAAUUUUACUGGACCUGCUGUGCCAUUUGGGUUUUUGACAGAUUUAUCCGGCUUUGUAGAAUUGCACUGAACGGCAUCCACACCGCCACCAUCGAGUUCUUUCCAGGUGACGACGCAACCAUUAAGGUUCAUGUCAAGAAAUCGAAGCUUUACAGAAAUUUUACCCCUGGUUCUCAUGCUUUUAUUUCAUUUUUGUCCAAGAACACCUUUUGGCAGAACCACCCAUUCACUGCAUACGAAUCCGUCACCGAUCCAGACACCAUCACCUUCUGCUGCCGUGUCAAAAAGGGUGUCACAAGAACUAUUGCCAACAAGUUCAAAGGCUCCGAUGCUCAAUCAAUACAGUUAAAGAUACUGGUAGAGGGUUUCUACGGAGAGCAAUCUUAUUACCAGCAGUAUGAUAAAUCGGUAUUUAUUGCAGGUAACACAGGUAUAGUCGGUCCGUUUUCGCACAUCGAGAAGCUAGUCUCCUCUGGUUCAGCUGAUAGGCGUAUCGAACUUUAUUGGGGUAUCAGAUCUUACGAUGCUCUGAAAUGGUUUGGCGCAGAACUACUGAGUUUGAAGGACAAAAAUGUGGUCCCAAGAGUAUACAUAUCUCAACCAGAAAGGAGUUCGAUAAACUCAUCCACAGACAGCACCGACUCUGAUCACAAGAACGAAGAGGGAGAUGGGAUCUUAGCAACAGAGAAAAAACUCAGCUCUCCAGAGCUGGAAACAGACUUACAGCAGGUCUUGGAGUUUGUCGAGAUUAUCCAUGGCAGAAUGCCCGUAACCGAGAUUAUCGAAGCUGAACUGAAGGAAAAUACGGGCACAGUUGCGUUCGGUGCCUGUGCUCACACACAAGUAGUUGACUUGGUUCGGAUGGAAAUUGCCAAAAGGUUACCAUCCACUUGCAAAAGAGUUGACUACUUUGAAGAGAUGCAAACAUGGUAG